AUGAAGUUCACCAGCUUCGCCGCUAUGGGCUUGAUGGGCUGUGCCCUCGCCCUGCCCCAUGGCCCUCACCAUGGUGACUCUCAGCCAAAUGACCACCCCACGCCUACCGGCUCUCCUCCCACCGGUUUCCCGACUCCUUCGGGUCUGUCUAGCACCGACGACUUCGACAAGCGUCAGUUCGGUUCCUCCCCAGAGCCCUCUGGUGACUUCGGCUUCCACAACGGCCCUCCUCCUUCCGGCACUCCUUCAGCCUUCCCAGAGCCCUCUGGUAGCUUCGGCGGUUUCGAGCGUCGCCAGGACUUUGGAAUCCCUAGCGGCUUGCCCUCCUUCUCUAUUCCCUCUGGCGUCCCCACCGGUCUGCCAUCUGGCUUCCCCGGCUUCGGUGGCUUUGAAGGACUCGGCAAGCGUCAGUUUGCUGAGACUAGUGGUCCUGCUCCCUCGGGCCCCGCCCCCUCUGUUACCCCUACUGGCUUCCCCCAGCCCAGUGGUAGCUUCCCCAGUGCUUCAGGUGUUCCAGUCGGCUUCCCGCCGUCUGGACAUUCUUUCGCUGAGCGUGACCAUGGACACGAUUCUUUCCCUAAGCCUAGUCGCCCUGCCCCGUCGGGUCCUGCUCAUUCGGGCCCACCUCCCUCUGGGUCCGCUCCCUCAGGCCCUGUCCCAACUGGUCGCGUUUAA